AUGGCCGUGGUCGAUGAAGAGCCCGACACUCCCCUUCCGGAUAUCUCACAGCUGCUCCUUGAAACAGACAACGUGCCUCGUCCUGCACAAUCCCUGGAGCAGCUCAACGUCCACUCGCAGCCUCGGCAGUCGGACGACCUUCCUACAGGCCAUGAGAACAAGUCCAACGAUAAAAUGCUGAAGGCAGAGAAGUUGCUUGGCCUGCAGGGCCUCACCAACGGCGCGAGCAAUGCAAAUGGCAAGGUCAGACGCAGCUCGAGCGUACCCAUGCUCACCAACGGCAAGGGCAAGUCAUCCAGCAAGACUGCGAUCGUGGACCCUCAGAAGCAGCACCGAGACGAACUGAUCAUGGAUACGAACAAGAGCAGCAUCGUUUCGAAACGUUCCGUGGAGAAGCUCUACUACCAUGGCCAGCCCGAGUACUUUCGCUAUUUCGUGAGCAAAUUUAAGCGAAGGUCUCCUUUGAUCAAUCGCGGGUACUGGUUACGCAUGAAAGCCAUCGAACAUGCAGCGUCACGCUUUAUGAGCGAGCGGACGGCGAAGAAGAAGGUGCUCAUCAAUCUUGGAUGCGGGUACGAUCCAUUACCUUUCCUCUUUCUUGGCAAGCAACCUCAGCUAUGUCAAGGGACUACCUUUGUCGACGUGGACUAUCCAGUCCUGAUGCAGAACAAGGUUGGAGUCAUCGACAAGACUGAGCAGCUUAGGUCGUUGACACCGAAACUCACCAAGACGGGAAACGAAAGUGGCCUACUUGCCUCGAGCGACCCAUACGUUGCAAUAGGAUGUGACUUGUCUAACAUGACGCCGCUGCAAGACAUCUUGCAGGAACACCUUCAACUUGGUAAUGGUGAUGUAGCGAUACUGUUCGUGUCUGAAGUCUCCACUGCGUACAUGCCAAGGGAUGCAUCACAAGCUGUCUUCGAAUGGACCGCAACAUAUCCCGAUGUUCGCUUCUGCUUGCUUGAGCAACACCUGCCGGAUGGUUCUGACCACCCUUUCGCCGCCACGAUGUUGGCGCACUUUGAGAAACUCCGGACACCACUCCAGGCAGUUGGGACGAUGGAGGAGAUGAAAGCACGAUUCGUAGCAGCAGGCUACCCCGAGCACGGAACAGAAAUUCGGUCGCUUUGGGAGCUGUGGUCGGAUCCAACAUUCCUCAGUCCGGAAGAGCGACGAGCUCUCGAUCGUAUAGAGCCUUUCGAUGAGUGGGAAGAGUUCGCCUUGUUCGGCUCGCACUACUUCCUGCUCAUGGCGGAGAAGGAACCUGGCCGGGACUACUCUUCCAAGCCGUAUACAUCCACACGAGCAUCGUUCUUUGCAGGAUCGUCUCGCGCCUCAAUAGCGUCAAGCCCAGUGAACGGCAGCAACAGCACCAGCCCCGAUACACCGCAGUAUCACUUUGGACCAGGAGAUAUCCUGCAGACGCACGAGCUGAUAGAACCACAUAACUUUCGAAGAUUUGCCUCGGUCGUUCCAGCACCAGACACAGAUGCGGGCGAUUCAGUAGGUCUACAUGGAGGCCUGGGUACACAAGAACGACAAGACAGCUGUAAUACAUACUCCAGAUACGACGCAGUACAGCCCAUCAUGGGACCGCCACUGCGGACAGGCACCAUGUGUCACGCCAUCACUCGACUCGGCAGUACAGCGAAUUGUGUAAUGACUGGAGGCAGGACGUCUCCUGACAAGGCCAGCGCCGAGUCCUGGCUUAGAUUGGAUGGCAAGUGGCGGAGAGUGCAAGACCUGCCUUCAGGACGAUUCAGGCAUUCGGCUGUACCUCUAGUGUUACCGACUGUACCACGACCUGCCCAUACAGUCCUCGUCUUCGGCGGCAAAGCUUCCGACGGCCAAGUCCUCGACGAGUGGCUGAUCUGGACUGGUGAAACUGGCUGGCAGCCGGUAGUGGUGAAAGGAGAAAAGCCUCCAGCGCGAUUUGGUGCCACCAUGAUCACCGACGGCCGUGAAGCCACGUCUGGUGUCAUCAUUGGCGGCAUGACGAGCGCUGGCAGAGUAUUAAACGACUUCUGGCACUGGAACCUGGAGAACGACAUGACACUUACCUGCCAGAACGUGACCUCGAGAGCGACUGCCUUCCUCAAAGCCGAUGCUUGCAUCCUUGGACGCUUCGGAGCACAGGUCGUCAGGUCGAAUAGAGGCAUCCUCCUGAUCGGCGGUGUCACUGGCGCCCGCAUGCUCACUAGACAGGAUGAGAUCCUCAACAUGAAGACUCUUAGACCACAACCUAUUCAAGGCCCCAGACCCCUGUUCGUAGGCCACGCCCUCGAGGAGAUCGACGGUGGCCUUCUCGUCCUCGGCGGUGGUGCAACAUGUUUCUCUUUUGGUACGACAUGGAACCGCAGCUGUGUGCUUAAUGAUGCAUCUCCCCCCGAAUUUCAAAUGGAAUGGCAACUUCGCGCUACGAUCAACGCAGGGAAGCCAACGACGGAACAGAGUACCAUAUUCACGGAGCCAAGUUCCAAUGGCAACGGCACGCCUGAUCCCAACAAGCGCAUGCCUGACCCCGUUCGUAUUCAAGAUAUCCGCAUCACGCACGGCGUGAACUUCCCACAGUACGUUGACGCUGCACGGCCGGUCAUUUUACGGAACUGUCAGAUCGGAUCCUGCACCACGACAUGGACGAACACCUACCUCGUCGAAGCAGUUGGCGCCGACCGCAAAGUCGCCGUGCACUCCUCUUCAGCAGAGCGGAUGGACUUCCAGAAGAAGAACUUCCAAUACAUCACCCAAGACUUUGCCACCUUCAUCUCCUCCGUGGAAAAGGGCGAACGAGUCUACCUGCGAGCUCUCUCCAAGGAAGCACCAAAUAACAGACCCACCAGCCUCGCCGAAGACUUCCCCGCGAUAGCCGGCGACUUUGGACUUCCGCAUGAACUGGAAUAUGUCACGAGGAAUGCCCACAGUUCACCCCUACGAAUUUCAGGACCGGUGCACAUGUGGCUCCAUUACGAUGUCAUGGCGAAUGUGCUCUGUCAAGUACGAGGGAGGAAGCGAUUACUUCUUUACCCACCUUCCGACGUCUCCCACCUAGGCUUCGAAGCAGGCGCCUCUUCCUCCUCCAUCGACGUCUUCGACACCACCACCGCUCAUCCCUCCCUCUCCCAAACCCACCCACACGAAGCCAUUCUAGACCCAGGCGACAUCCUCUUCAUCCCACCAAUGUGGGUCCACACCGCAGCUCCCACCCAGGGCAUGAGUGUAGCUGUCAACGUCUUCUUCAGGAACUUACCCGCAAACGGCUAUGCGGCGGGGCGAGACGUGUAUGGCAAUAGAGAUUUGGCUGCGUAUGAGAGAGGGAGGAAAGAUGUUGCGAGGAUUAUCAAGAGUUUUGAGGAUCUGCCGCCGGAUGUUAGUGGGUUUUAUUUGGAGCGGUUGGCGAAUGAGAUGUUGGAGAAGGCGAGGAGUGUGAGUAAGAGUGCGAGUUUGCAUUCUGUUUAUGCUGAGGCGCCGUGA